GCCCAUUGUAGACAGUUGAGGAAACCCUGUGCAGUAAGCAGCCAUCUUUGAUAGGCAGAUACUUCAGCCGGGAUAACCUGCAGAUCUCUCCUGAGGAGCUCAAGACGACAAAGCUUGAAAACAUAAUUUCUGAGCCACGAUGGCCACUGCACCGUACAACUACUCCUACAUUUUCAAAUACAUCAUUAUUGGGGACAUGGGGGUAGGGAAGUCAUGUUUGCUUCACCAGUUCACAGAAAAGAAAUUCAUGGCAGACUGCCCCCACACAAUCGGCGUGGAGUUUGGUACGAGGAUAAUCGAAGUGAGUGGCCAGAAGAUAAAGCUGCAGAUCUGGGACACAGCGGGUCAAGAGCGCUUCAGGGCUGUCACCCGCUCCUACUACCGUGGAGCUGCAGGGGCACUCAUGGUGUACGACAUCACCAGGAGAAGCACAUACAACCACCUCAGCAGCUGGCUGACUGAUGCCAGAAACCUUACCAACCCCAAUACUGUGAUCAUUCUCAUAGGGAACAAAGCUGACCUGGAGGCCCAGCGGGACGUCACAUAUGAGGAGGCUAAGCAGUUUGCUGAGGAGAACGGUCUUUUAUUCCUGGAAGCCAGCGCAAAAACGGGUGAGAACGUUGAAGACGCCUUCCUGGAGGCUGCUAAGAAGAUCUACCAGAACAUCCAAGACGGCAGCCUGGACCUGAACGCCGCAGAGUCCGGGGUUCAGCACAAGCCCUCGGCCCCCCAGGGCGGACGGCUAACUAGCGAACCACAGCCCCAGAGGGAAGGCUGCGGAUGCUAAUGACCAAGCAAUCCCCUUCACCCUGCCUCCCCUUUCACUCUCUCUCUCUGUCUCUCCCGCCCACCAUCCGCCCUCCCCCAACCAACCCCUCCAUCCAUUUCUCCACCUCUGUACAUCCGUUCAUCACCAGGAGCUGCAUGAGAGCGGGGCCACAGAGGGAAGGCGCUUCAGGAUGGAUGCCGACCUGGGCUAGACUAGGCUGGGCUGUGUGGACAACAUCUCUCCCCUCCUCCUCCUCCUCCUCCCUCCUGUCUUCCUCUACCUGUCUGUCUCCCUCUGUUAAUGUCUCACUCCCACAUUUUCCCUUCUCUCUCCUGCUCCACCAUUCAGUCUAGUUCAUCUGCCAUAGUAUCAUAGACACCACCACACAUGACAUGGGUUACUGACACCUAGAUAGUUGUAAUAUUCAUACCGUAAUGAUGAACCAAGACUGUUUUUUAAUGUUUGGUUUUCUAGCUAUAUAUCGCAUCCACCAUCGAUCAACUAUAUGAAUUGGAUCUGAAUACUCAUCAUGCCCUUCCCUUGAUCCCCGACUCCUGACGUCUCUCCUGCAUGGUUCACCAGUCCAUUGUUGUACUGAGGGGUGCAGGCGCGAUGCUGCUCUCCCUCAUCGCUGUUCAUUUUUCUGUCAUGUUUGUGGGAUUGGACGGGGAAAGCAACGAAGCGGUGUAUCGCGCAGCCACAUUAUAACUCGUAGAUUACAGGCUCACUAAAAGGCUCUAAGCGUGUUUCAGAGAACGUGUAAAGGGGUGAGCUUUUCUCAGGCAGGUUUCCAAUCUGUCAGUCGGGUUUAAUGUUGAGCAACUCUCUCUGCUGCAUGGCAAAAAGUGGCAACACCAGUGGUGACCAGCUCUCAGGAGAGAUGAUUUCAAAACAAAACAAGAAACCAAGAAUUACUCACUAAUUCCUGGUAAUGGUCAGAGUCUCUCUCGUUUUGAGAUGAUAUCGCAGGAAGGAAUAUGGGUGUUUUUCCAUCUGGUGUGUGUGCCUGUAUUUUUUUUUAUUUUAUUUUUAUUUUUUUGUGAGUGUGUGUGUGUUGGGUAGGGAUUCUUCAGACUAAGUUAAAAUGACACUUUAACAGAUCAGAUGUUUUUUUUUUUUUCCUUUUAUAACAGAAAUAUUCUUUCACAUCAGUUUCUUUGCACCAGCGCCCCACCUUUUUUCCUCCCCUGGUCUGCCCCCCCCUCCAAAAAUUCUCCCCCAAGUCAUAUCAAUAGAAUCUGUCUUUACCAGCAUUUUCUCUGUCGUUGUUUGUUGCCUUAUGAUUAAUGUUAAUGUUAUUACUAUUACUGUUUAAUCUUAUUGUUUUUUGCUGCACUUGCUCUUCAUGUUGCUGUUGGACUCACUCUUGAUAAUUAAAGCAGCUCUUCGACAAAUAAUCACUACACUUGUGUGGAGAGGAAAAAGUUCAAACGGGAGACGUGGUGGUCAGAAACUGUGCAGAAACAGCGCACGGGCUUAACGUUUCCCUUGAAAUGAUGAUCGAGCAUCCGCAGCCCAUCACUUAAGCCCCUGUUUUGCGAUGUAAAAAUCCGCAGGGCACUCAGAUCACUCCUGUAUCUUUAGAGUCGAUCUAUGAUUCAUAUGGGCGGUGUCUCUUCUGCCCUUUGCCCCCAUCAGCCUUGUAUAGUACACCAAGCAGCAUGCCCCGCCCUCAAAUAUGAUGAAACUGUCAAAAGUCCAGGUUUCUGCCCUCUCUCCGAAGUACAAUUUUUCUGUACCAUAGAGUGAUUCCCUAAUUGGACAGCUGUAUAUAUUGCUUCUUAACUAUUGGUGAUGACCAUGCUACUUGGGAUAUAGAAAACUAUUUGCUGGCUCUGCCAAGACCUGUACAGUUGAUGUGCUAGUGGGUUGCCUGUAAUUCAUGCUUGGGGAAUUCUGUAACAUAGUUUCUAAGAAUACAUGUAUGUAACGGACAGACACCCCCAGCCCCCCUUAUCCUGCACACUAGUGAAAAGUGGUGAUUACUUCUGUUUUAUUUUAUUUUAUUUUUUUUUCCACAGUCUUUGGUUGAGGGGAGAGGAGGGGGAGUUUGGUGGUGGGCAAACUUUGAUUUCUUUCUUUAUUCUGUGGGAAGUGGUGUAGAGAAUGAGGCACUUUGAGUUGGGUUUAUUAAAUACUUUAUAUGUUCUGUUCUGUUACUACCUUUUUCACCAACAUUACAGCUCCUCCACACUGGGAGGGGCCCGCAUCGCUGUCUUAAUUUGGGGGGAGCGGGGAUUGGUUCGUUAUUUGUGGCAAGUUUGUGGGUCGGGUCUUCCUUUUUCCUGUGUCCCACCUCUUUGCAGUCUGAGUGACCACUUCCUGCUUUUGUCUGUCCACAAGUACAAAAAAAAAAAAAAACAACGUACAUAUGUAUAAAUUUUGAAGGAGCUGUGCUAACAUUUAAAUGCGUUCUUGCGUGUAUAUGAUU